AGAGUGAAAAUGUGGCAAGAGAUGAUGAUGAAGGAAGAAGCAGAAGAGGAAGAGAUUGAGAGAUUAUUUAUGGGUGUUAUGGGAGGAUAUAAAGAUGCUUUCAUGCCGCCAUUGACGGAUUUUUCCACCAUUAAUGAGAUGGGUUCAAGCUCAUCAUAUGGGAAUAAGAGGCACAAAAAAGAAGCUCCUCUUGCUGAUGAUAAUAUGCAUAAGGAACGUAACAGAAGAGGGAAAAUGGCUGAGUUGUACUCUCUGCUUCAAUCCUUACUCCCAACUAUCUCCCACAUCCAUAAGGCGACGAGGGAGAAGAUUGUGGUGGAAUCUAUAGAUUACAUCAAACGUCUUGAGGAAGAAGUAUUGCGGUUGAAGAAUCUGAAGAAGUCAGUAGUGGUGUAUAAACCUGCUUUAUCUCAAUGGAGAAACAGGGUUUCUUCUGUUAAUGCUACUGUAUCGAAAGGAUUAGCAUUUUUCGGGAUCCAAUUUCAGCUCACACAAGGACUGAUGACUAACAUCUUCUCGGUUCUUGACAAGCAUCAGGCUGAGGUUUUGGCUGCUAAUAUCUCUGUAAGUGACCAUCAGCUAACGACAUUGACAAUCACAGUAACCAUAGGAAAUAAUGAAAGUAAUACAGUAGAGAGUAUUCGGAGAGAAUUGCUUCUUUUUUAGAAUUGUUUUGGUGAUUUAUAUGCAUUGGUGGAUGGAUAUCAUCAAGUUUCUCGAGAUCUUUUUUGUGUUGUUGCUGAUUAUGCAUGAAUCAUUAUUUAUAGAAAAUGCAUACGGAUAGUUCUAGCAGAUGUAUUAGAUUGAAUUCGAAAAAAGUGAAAUCAAAACACAGAUGUUCAAUUGAUGGUAUUAUCCUCAUUUCUCUGCAUAUCAUGAACUCGAUGUACCAUUUCAUUUCGAGUAGAUCAAUGAUUACCUGAGAGCUGAGAAUUUGAUAAAACCUCAAAACUUCGAAUAUCUUUGCGAGGACCUUUGUUUUAUUCCUGCGAGGAUGUAAGUAAGGUUGUUUAUUGUGUUUCGAUUAUGGCACUAUUUUGUUGUUGUUUUUGCUCCCUUCUGGUAGACUUUGUUCUGCUUACAUGUAUCCUUCUUCAUUGUACCUGGAUUUGCUGCUGAGGUCUCUCGGAAGUCGGAAACAGUCUCUCUACCCACGAGGUAGUGGUAAGGUCUGAGUAUAUUCUACCCUUCCCCACAACCACAGUUCUCGUUUAACAAGCAGACCAACAGUAGUACCUUCUUUCCAGUUAUAUGAUCUCAGUAGAUUGCUCUCUGCAAUCAAAGAGAUAAUCCUUUUGUUUAACAUGGUUUGAUGAGGACUCAAUACGAUCAAGCUUGCUUAUCUCAUAGUCCUUAAGAAUAAUGGAUGCAAAAUGGAAUUGAACCCCUAGAAGCUUGAACAUACAAAGGAAGAACGCAUUAGCUAUAGCCCCCAUAAUUUGGAAAUGAACUGAAGCAAUGUUACAGGACAUUGCCAUUUCCAUAGACCAUGCAAAAUUGAUAUCAUACAUCAUCAGGAAUGGUUUAUGAAACUCAAGAAUGUCGGAGAAGGCAGAGCUAGCCAUUUCUAAAACCUCGAUGUGGAGGUACGUAGGCAUUACUUGUAUGACAGUGAGGAGGAAGCAACAUUUUCUCCACCAUUCUUCCUUUAAUUCCUCUUGCCCUUUGUGGUUAGACAGGCAUACUUAUUGUAUGUUGUUUUCCCUGUGGAUAUGCUAAUAUAUAUCUUCUAGCAGACAGUCAAUAAGAGGUGUCACUGAGUGAAUUUUGUUUAUGGACUUCAUUAACUUUGAUCUUUAAGUUCUAUAGAAGUUGUUGAAGCAUUACUCUUCUGGUUCUUCACUUCUACUUCUUUUUUGUACUUAAUGUACAAUUCAUUAGACGAGUGAAAGUUGCUCGGGUGAUAAGUCCCUUCAUUUCCAACAAUGAGAACUUUUUUAAAACAAUGUUCUAGUCUUUCACUAUCGAUUUCAUUGUAGCUCUUCUAUUCAAUCUGGAACAGUUGAACUAGAACUGGAUAGACAAGAAUCUGUG